CUCUCUUUCAGUUCUUUCUUUUCUUAGUUAUUACAUUAGGAUUCUUCUUCCCUUUAAUCAUCAUUGACAAUGAAAGUGAAAUCCUGAAAGAGGGUAGGAUAGUCUUUUUAGAAUCCAUACAUUGUAGUAACUUGUUUCUCACCUGGUAGAAUACAAAAGAGGAGUCUUUUUCCUGCAAAGAAACAGGGGAAACAGAGGUAUCUGGAUAGUUAUAGGCUUGUUCUUAGUUACAAAUUCCUCUUAGAAUUGGACUUCAUUAUCAGAAACCUCCAAAAUUCAAAAUUCUUUUCUGGGUUUCACUUCUUUCACUGCAAAAAUUUGUCUUUCUUUCUCUAUCAAAUCCUAAAUAUCUGAAACAAUAAUGAAUUUGUUAAUCAGGCAAAUAUUUCAUGAGGUUUUUGUUCUGCAAGAUCCAUUGUCCGUCCUUCAUUUGCUUUUGCAAACCCUCUCCUCACAUAUACACUGCUGGACCAUUGAAAUUGGAAAAUUCUCCACAUGUGCCUUCAAAACCUGUCUCAGUUCCUGAAGCCUCUGAUAAGUUACCUGGUGAGACCAUUGAGGUCAAGGAAGAGAGCUUAGGUGGGAAAAAACAACCAGUUGUGAAAUGCCUAAAAAGCAGUCUCCGGAAGCCGACUUCAGAGUCUGGUUCUGUGAAAGAGGAUCAGAAGAAGAAAGUACAAUGGAUGGACUAUAUAGGAAAAGAACUUGUUCAGAUUAGAGAAUUUGAAUUGAGUGAAAUUGAAGAUACUGAUAAUGACAGUGAUGACAAUAAAAGCUGUGUUUGUGUUAUUCUUUGAACCUGUUCAAUCAACUUCUACUCUACAAUUUCAGCAGCAACUACAACAAUGACAAGGGAGGCAAAACAGUUUAAUGGUUUUGAACUUCAGCAUAUUCAUCAUAUGGAUAUGGAAUUGGAAAGGAGCUAUGUUGGGCUCAACAUUUAACUUUCAUUUACUUUGGUGCUGCCUCAUCAGCUCUCUAAUCAAGAGUACUCCAAAAAAAAUUCUGUACACUAGAUAGUUAAUUUUCUAUUGUAAGAAUAUCAAGCUAUUGUUUAUUUUCUUUUAAACAACAACAUUGGUUUCUUCAGCUGUCUAUGAAUUUCGCAGAAGCUCUAAUCUUUAUCAAAAUAUGGUUUAUUCCGUUUU